GCAAGAUGAUUUUGGAAUCGUUCCGUCAAUUACAGUAUUUUAUUCUAUUCACCACACUGGGAUCCUUAGCCUGGGCCUACAAUCAGAGUUGCAGCACCCGUGGAGGACAUCGUUGCUUCAGUGGGGAUUGCAUUGACUUGUCUAAGCUUUGCGAUGGACGUGCCGAUUGCCUAGAUGCCUCCGAUGAGACAACACAAUUGUGUGAUAAAAUCUGGUGUCCGGGGUAUAGUUUUCGGUGUAAUUAUGGAGCUUGCAUAUCAAGUACAGCGGUUUGUGAUGGCCACAAGGAUUGCAUGGAUGGCUCCGAUGAGCAACGUUGGUUCUGCCGAGCACAAAUGGAACAAGCCAAUUGUGACAAUGGCGAGUUCUAUUGCUAUCCCGGUCAAUGUUUGCCAUAUGACAAGUUGUGUGAUGGCAAAUCAGAUUGUGUAAAUGGCGAUGAUGAAGUGGAGUCACUUUGUUCGGGUGUCUCUACUAGCACAAAGGCAUCUGUUAUUAAAGAGACAGAGGCAAUCAUACGGCAAUCCAAUACUAUGAAUGUGGAAGAGCAAAUGGAAUACUGUCUGGUGCCACAGCUUUCACAAAUCAUAGUGAAAAAUAAAACUAAUGAAGCGGUUUUACCUGUCGGCUUUAAAGUUCCAAAUGGUACCAUCAUUUAUUUUGAUUGUCCUGCGGAUCAUAGUCUGAUGGGUAUUAAUGAGAAUAUAUGCUCAGCUCCCAAAUGGUUGCAACAGUUUCCCUAUUGUAAAGCUCCCAUCUCAUGGAUAAACAUUACAAUUAUUGCUUUAAUUGCUUUUACAAUCGUAAUUAUAAUAGCAUUCGUAUUUAUUUUAAAGAAAAAGGAUACAAAACAACAGGAAGACCAUAUAUGGCUAGUGGAAAGUAACAAUCAAGAAAGAAAUUUGCAAAAAUUGUAAAUAAAAUAUUUAAAAAAAAACAAAAUAUUACGACUUAGCCUUGCAAUAAAUGUGCUAAAUGUAGAUUUUGUAAAAAUUUUAAAUUGAAUAAGCUUUAUUUUUUACUAAGAGUUGAAAAUUUUAGCUGUAAGAUCUUACCAUAUCAUUCUAUCUAUGUAUUUAAAUAAUAAAUUUGAUCUUCAAUGCUCUAAACUCAAUUGGAA